GAGACACACAGAAAGAGAUCUAGAGAGAAAAACCAUUCGAAGAAGAGUGAUUCCCUUUUCCCCUUUUUGUAAGGUUGCCCCCUCCCCCUGCACCGCUGGGCCCUUCGUAGCUUGUGGUGGGCGCAGCAGUCUGGGUUUUUCUUUCCUCUCCUCCUGGGAGUUUCGGGAUCAGCUCCAUCAGGCUUGUCCAAAGAGGGUCUGCAGCCCCUUAUCCGACCUCAACCCUUCGUCCGACCCCCGAGGAGCCACGAGCGCUUAGGGCCCCUCGGAUUCUUGACUCCACGCUACCCUGUGAGCCUGUGGGUCCGGCCUCCGCGCUCAGCUGUGGGAUGUUAGCUGUGGGGCCUAUGGAGGGCACCCGGCAGAGCGCGUUCCUGCUGAGCAGCCCGCCCCUGGCUGCCCUGCACAGCAUGGCUGAGAUGAAGACCCCGCUGUACCCGGCCGCCUACCCACCGCUCCCGACGGGGCCCCCGGCAUCCUCUUCCCCAUCUUCCUCCUCGUCUUCGUCAUCCUCCUCGCCCUCCCCACCCUUGGGUGCCCAUAACCCCGCUGGCCUCAAACCCCCGACCGCAGGGGGACUCUCUUCUCUGGGCAGCCCCCCACAGCAGCUCUCGGCUGCCACACCGCAUGGCAUCAACGACAUACUGAGCCGGCCUUCCAUGCCCCUGACCUCCGGGGCCUCCCUGCCCUCCGCCUCGCCCUCCGGCUCCUCCUCUUCUUCUUCCUCUUCUGCCUCCUCUUCUGCCUCCUCUGCCUCCUCCUCCUCUUCUUCCUCCUCCUCAGCUGCAGCCGCCGCAGCCGCUGCAGCUGCAGCCGCAGCCGCCUCUUCUCCGGCUGGGCUCCUGGCCGGCCUGCCUCGCUUCAGUAGCCUUAGCCCCCCACCUCCUCCCCCUGGCCUCUACUUCAGCCCCAGUGCCGCCGCAGUGGCAGCUGUUGGCAGGUACCCCAAACCCCUGGCGGAGCUUCCUGGCCGGACCCCCAUCUUCUGGCCUGGGGUGAUGCAGAGUCCUCCUUGGAGAGAUGCCCGACUUGCUUGCACCCCUCAUCAAAGUUCAAUUUUGCUGGACAAAGAUGGGAAGAGGAAACAUACAAGACCCACGUUCUCAGGACAGCAGAUUUUCGCUCUGGAAAAGACUUUUGAACAAACGAAAUACUUGGCGGGACCCGAAAGAGCUAGGCUGGCUUAUUCUCUGGGGAUGACGGAGAGUCAAGUCAAGGUUUGGUUUCAGAACCGUCGGACCAAGUGGAGGAAGAAACACGCAGCCGAAAUGGCCACAGCCAAGAAGAAGCAGGACUCCGAAACCGAACGGCUGAAGGGAGCCUCGGAGAACGAGGAGGAAGACGACGAUUACAACAAGCCUUUGGAUCCCAAUUCCGACGAUGAGAAAAUCACCCAAUUGUUGAAGAAACACAAGUCCAGCAGCAGCAGCCUGCUCGUGCACACGUCAGAGAAUGAAAACUCCUCUUAAAGCUUCCACUUGAGCAGUCCAGAGCAUCCCACGCCACUCCGCCCCAAACCACCUUAUCUCCUCAUUUCACCUCAUCCCCUCAUUUGACUCCAUCCCAGCCCAAUCUCAUCCUGUCCCGUCCCUACUGGUGAAAGUGCCAGUCCCCAAUGCACUCACCGCACUCCCAACGCACACAAUCACUCAUGAACCAACAAAUGCUCCCAGAACCUUCCACCCACUUCGGCCAGGGUGGAGCUAGCCUGACCCGCUAGCAAAAGAGCAGAGAGGAUGGGACCCGGCCCAGUGUUUUCGCUUUGCCGCUUCUCCGCCUCAGGACACCCCCAAGUCCUCACCCUCCCCAACCCUCCCAAGAGCACUGAGGACUCAAUCCCGGUUAAGGGAGGACAUUUGCUAUUUUCUGAGAUGUAUAUGUAUAUUUUUCUAAACCCUAUAAGUGACGGGAAGAGACUCGGAGACAUCCAAACACGCAAAGCAAAUAAACAAAUACACCGAACCAAGUCCCCUUCCCCCCCCCCCCCCUCACCCCUGGUCACCCUCUGGACCGUUAUCUCCCACCCUGCGGCUCCCCGCCCCCGCGUCUUACCCUAGAGCUCUUACUACUGUUUUCCUCCCCGGCAAGCAGGGAGGGAGUGGGAGAAGGAAUUGUUGUUAUUGUAGAGGAGCCACCUGCAGCGCCUAGGCCCUUCUUCUGGGACCACCGAGUCGCGCCAGCUGCAGGACUGGAUGGGAAGAGGGACCGGUUCUCAGCCACAAACUGCAGUUGGAACUAAAGUAACGUGUUGAAGGCUCUUUGUAAAUAAAUCGUGAGUCAUACUGACUAGAAGUUCAUUUUACUGCGAAUAUUUAAAAUGUAAAGCAUUUUUUUUGUAUAAAAAUAUAGUUCUACCUGCCCCCUUUGAAAUUAAUGUUCCCCUUCAGUUUUGAAAGUGUUUUAAGAUAUAUCAAAGAGAAGCGUCUUUUCUCCCCGCCUUUUUGCUUUUCUCCUUUUCUAUUUGAUUACUGCCUUUAAAGUUUCUCCUACUCUUAUCACUUUUCCCUUCCCUUUUGAUUUGUGCUAUAUUCUUUGCGUCUCUGUUUGCCUGUCUAUCUGUCUCCGUGUCUCUGUUUCUGUCUCUUUCUCUUUGAGAUUGGGUCACCUUAUCUUUCCCAGCCCGGAAGCUCUGGGAUCACUCCUGGCUAGAUCCCACUGCUGAUCCCCUUAGAAAUUUUGACCUUGGACCGGGUACUCCCUUCUUAGGCAGCUCCUAGGUCCUGGUGCCGGACUUACUUCGGACACGUACCCACUUUUAACCCUCCUGUAGCUCAGAAUUCUUGAGCUCAAGCGAUUCACCAAUCUCAGCCUCCUCUUAGCAGGGUAACAGGCGUGCAUCAACCACGCCUGCCAAGCUUCCCAAUCUAAGGACAUUAGUUUAUGAGAUGGAGCUCCGCUACAGCUGAGGCCUGUUCAGUCUCUGAUGGGCCACAGCCCUGCCACUCUCAUUCUAUUCUGAAAUCAGACUUUGAUUUGUUGCUAUUUAUUAGUUAUAAUAAAAGGGGUUUGGGGAAGGACAGCAUAAAAUAGCUUGUGUUUUAAUUUCAUUCCUUUCCGAUAAAUGCGUGUUAAGGUAGAUGUUGGGAAGUGUUGCAACCACUCUCAAUCGGAAAUAUAAGAAUCCAUUUAGUUACUGUAAUUGAAUUUGAAGUGUGUUUUUGUAUCAUAAAGAAUACUAGAGAAUAUGUAAAUUGUUUCCUUUUAAGCUAAUAAUCGUGGUAUAUUAGCAUCUUUAACCUUUAUUAAUUUAUAUAAAAAUUCGGUUUGUAAAGAGAAGAAAACCUUUGCUAAACCAGUUCAAUGUAAUGCACUUUCUGUUUUAAAAGGAUAAAUCAAUUAAAACCAGUUCGAAGUCGUCUGUUGCCUCUAAUGAAAGGAGGGGUACAGAUCAUAUGAUCUCAUCAGAGAUCUCAAAUAAUAAAGCUUAC